AGCUAACGUUCCUCUAUAUUUAGCUCACUAACCAAUUGAGGGCCAGCUGCUCGCUUCUGCUGGCGUUCGCGCCCCAUGACCUGCUGCCUAGCCUAGAAGUAUAGAUUGCAACCAUGCAGCUCCGUUACCUAAAGCCUGUUUUGCCUCCGGCUGAUACAUACCAAAAGAUCACCUCUUUGACCUGGGCGCCCAACAAUUCACGUCUUGCUGCGGUUUCCACCGAUAAGGUGGUGUACCUUUUCGACGAGAAUGGGGAGAAGCGUGACAAGUUUAAGACCAAGCCAGCGGAGUCGAACAAUCCCAACACAUACAUUGUGCGGGCGAUGGCGUUUUCUCCAGACUCAACGAAGCUGGCGAUCGCUCAGAGCGAUAACAUAGUGUUUGUUUACAGGCUUGUGGAUCCAGACACUGGCGCAGACAAAAAAAGCAUUUGCAACAAGUUCCCGCAGGCAUGCGCGGUGACCAGCUUGGUAUGGCCCAAGGACCGGCCCAAUGAGGUGGUCUUCGGGCUGGCGGACGGCAAGGUCAGGCUGGGCAUGCUCAAAAACAACAAGUCGUACACAUGCUACACUCACCCGGAGAACUCAUACGUGGUGGCCCUGGCGUCCAGCCUGAACGGCCAGAACGUCAUCUCUGGGCACAUGGAUGGGGCCAUCUGGAAGUUCAACUUCCCCGCAGAGGAGGGUGGUACGCCCACCAGCUCGCAGCUCGUGGUCCACUCGUGCGUGCCGUACUCGCUGGGGUGGGGCAACUGCAUUGCCGCAGCCGGCAACGACAACCGGGUGGUCUUUUAUGACCUGAACGGCCGGGAGUUCCGGUCGUUCGAUUACAGCAACGAUGACAACGUGCGGGAGUUCACCACCUGCGCGUUCAACCCCAGCGGCGACACGGUGGUGUUUGGCACGUACAACCGCUUCUACGUGUACACCUUCAACAUCCAGCGGAACGACUGGGAGGAGGCGGGCCAUCGGCAUAUCGAGAACUUCUACGCCGUCAGCUCCAUCUCCUGGAAGCCCGACGGCUCCAAGGUGACGGUGGGCUCCAUGACGGGUGCGGUGGACAUGUACGACGCCUGCGUGAAGCGCCACAUGUACAAGGGCAAGUUCGAGUUCACGUACGUGAGCAAGAGCGCCGUCAUCGUGAAGACGCUCAAGACGAACGCACGCAUCGUGCUCAAAUCGGUGUACGGCUACGAGAUUGAGAAAAUUAACAUCUACCAUGACAGGUACCUGAUCGCCCGCACGACCUACACCCUGCUCAUGGGCGAUCUGGAGACCUGCAAGCUGUCGGAGAUUCCCUGGGACAGCGACGGCAGCGAGAAAUUCCACUUUGAGAACGAGCGCGUGUGCAUGGUGCACUACGCGGGCGAGCUGCACAUCGUGGAGUACGGCAAGAACGACGUACUGGGCACCUGCCGUACCGAGCACAUGAACCCCUACCUCAUCUCGGCGGUGGUGCAGGAGGCGCGCGGCAUCGCGCCCGAGUCCAAGAAGCUGGCGUACCUGAUUGACCUGCAGACGGUGCGCAUCCAGGACCUCAUGGGGGCGGUGGGCUCCACGCUGGCCACCGUCAACCAUGACACCAAGGUGGACUGGUUGGAGCUGAACCAGCGCGGCACGCACCUGCUGUUCCGCGACAAGAAGCGCCACCUGCACCUCUUCAACAUCGCCUCCCAGGAGCGCACCACGCUGCUCAACUACUGCCAGUACGUGCAGUGGGUGCCGGGGUCGGACGUGAUCGUGGCGCAGUCGCGCAACAACCUGUGCGUCUGGUACUCGGUCAACAAGCCGGACAACGUGGUCAUGUUCCCCAUCAAGGGCGAGGUCGUCGACAUUGAGCGACACAACCACCGCACAGAGGUGCUUGUGGACGAGGGCAUCAACACCAUGUCGUACGCUCUGGACGAGGCCCUCAUCUACUUUGGGGCAGCCAUGGAGGAUCAGGAUUACCAGCGUGCCGUACAGAUCCUGGAGCCGCUGGAUCUCAACCCCGAAACCGAGGCCCAGUGGAUGCAGCUGGCGGACCAGGCGCUCGCUACCAACAACCUCAUCAUUGCCGAGCGGUGUUUCGCCGCGCUGGGGGACAUUGCGCGCACGCGCUUCCUGCACAGGGUGGUUAAGAAGGCCAUGGCUGCCUCGAAGGAGUUUGGCGGUGACGGCACGGACAGCUGGUCGGUGCGCGCCAUGAUGGCCACGCUGAACAAGCAGUGGCCCGUCACCGAGUCGCUGCUGCUGGCGCAGGGCAAGGUGGACGAGGCCAUCAGCCUGUACCAGGACCACCACCGCUGGGAGGACGCCAUCCGCGUGGCGGAGAGCGCACACCACCCCAACGCCAACACCCUCAAGCAGCAGUUCCUGUCGUGGCUGAUGGAGACGGGCCAGGAGGAGCAGGCGGGCGCGGUGAAGGAGCGCGAGGGAGACUACCUGGCAGCCAUCGGACUGUACCUGAAGGGCGGCCUGCCCGGUCGCGCGGCGCAGGUGGUGAUGAGCAUCCACAACGUGAACUGGGACCCUGCGCUGCUGGACUCCAUCCUGGCGUCGCUGGCCAAGGCGGGGCUGUACGAGCGCGCCGGCGAGCUGUACGAGCACAUGUCCCGCAACGCGGAGGCCAUGCAGAGCUACCGCCGAGGCCAUGCCUACCGCCGGGCUAUCGACCUGGCCCGCCGGGAGUACCCCGCAGAGGUCAUCACCAUUGAGGAGGAGUGGGGUGACUGGCUGGUCACCCAGAAGCAGAUGGACGCCGCCAUCAACCACUUCAUCGAGAGCGGCGCCACGCUCAAGGCAAUCAAGGCAGCCAUCGAGUGCCGGCAGUUCGCAAAGGCGGCGGGCAUCAUUGAAAUCCUGGAUCCCCGGGAGGCGAUGCCGUACUACCGCCGCAUUGCCCAGCACUACGAGACCACGGGCGCGCUGGAGGAGGCGGAGCGCUACUACAUCCGCGCCGACAUGGCUCGCGACGCGGUGGAGAUGUACAGCCGUGCCGGCAAGUGGGAGGCGGCGCAGCGCGUGGCUCGCGGCUACCUCACGGAGGCCGAGAUGCGCGCCUUCUACCGCAACAAGGCUGCCGAGUUCGAGGCGGCUCACAAGCUCAAGGAGGCCGAGAAGGCUUACCUGGCGGCGGGCGGCGACGACGUGGACAAGGCCAUUGCCAUGUACAAGCGCGCCAAGAUGUACGACCAGAUGAUCCGCCUGGUCACGCAGUACCGCAAGGAGAAGGUGCCAGAGGCACACACCCUCAUUGCGCAGCAGCUGGAGGUAGAGGGCAACCUGCGGGAGGCAGAGAAGCACUUUGUGGAAGCAAAGGACUGGAAGAGCGCCGUACAGAUGUACCGCCAGGCCAACCAAUGGGAGGAUGCGCUGCGCGUUGCCAAGGCCUUUGGCGGCGUCAACGCCUCCAAGCAGGUCGCCUACGCCUGGGCACUCACACUGGGUGGCGAGGAGGGCGCACAGCUGCUCAAGAAGAUGGGUCUGCUGGAGCACGCCAUCGAGUAUGCGGUGGAGAGCGGAGCCUUCGCACAGGCCUUCGAGAUGACGCGUGCGGGCGCCAAGCACAAGCUGCCCGAGGUGCACCUCAAGUACGCCAUGUUCCUGGAAGACGAGGGGCGCUUUGCGGAGGCGGAAGCGGAGUUCAUCUCGGCCGGCAAGCCCAAGGAGGCGUGCGAUAUGUACAUGCACAAUCAGGACUGGGACGCCGCCAUGCGCAUAGCAGAGCGCUACGACCCCACCAUGAUCUCCGAGAUCCUGGUGUCGCAGGCGCGUGCGGCCAUGGAGCGCAAGCAGUGGCUGCCGGCAGAGGGUCUGUUCAUCAAGGCCAAGCGGCCCGAGGCGGCGCUCAAGAUGUACCGCGACGCGCGCAUGUGGAACGACGCGCUGCGUGUGGCGGAGCAGUACCUGCCCACCAAGGUUGCCGAGGUGCAGAUGGAGCUGCUCAGCGGGCACGGCGGCGGAGGCUCGGCGGCGCCGUCUGCGGACGUGGUGAUCAACAAGGCGCGCGCAUUCGAGCGCAACAAUGACUAUGCUCGGGCUAUUGAGGCUUACCUGUCGCUCACCAGCCAGGACACCACCAACCAUGACCAGCUGGAGCACUGCUGGGAGCAAGCUGCCCAGCUGGCCAUCAACUACCAGCGCCACCGCAUGAAGGACGUGGUCAACACGGUUUCGGAGCGGCUGCAGGAGAUUGGGCGCCACCAGGCGGCGGGCGAGCUGCACGAGGGCAUCGACGACCCGCAGGGCGCCAUCCGGGCCUACUGCUCGGGUCGCUUGUGGGACAAGGCGCGCUCGCUGGCCGGCACCAACCCCACCUUCAGCCGCUACAUCGAGGACCAGUACAACAACUACCUGCUGCAAAACCAGCAGGCAGACGAGCUGGCCAUGCGCGGAGGCGCCCACGCCCAACAGGCCAUCGAGAUGUACGUUGCGCGCGACGAGUGGCACAAGGUCCACGAGCUGGCAGCGCUGCAGGGCCCCGAGGUGGCCACCACCUACGCCCUCAAGCACGCCGAGCGGCGCUUCAAGCAGGGCGACUAUGCGCAGGCCGCCGCCGUGUUUGCGCAGCACGGCAUCACCGCCUCGCCGCAGUGCUUUGAGCUGUACCGCUCCAUCGCGCAGGGCGUGCUGCACGCUUCCCAGACGGACCGCAACGUGGUUGCGGAGCGCAGCCUGCGGGACAUGAUGUACCGGCUGGUCAACUUGCUGCGUUCCGGCGGCGGCGCCACCAAGUACAAGGGCGACACGGAGGCCUUCCAGAACUACUACCUGGCGGCGCACUACCUGUCGUGCGCGGCGUCGGCUAAGGAGCACGGGCUGAGGGAGGUUGCGGCCAUGUGCCUCACGAGCGCGCUGCGAUAUGUGGGCACCGCCAUCCCUGCAGACCGGGCCUUCUACGAGGCGGGUCUUGCAUGGUACGAGGCGGGCCGCAAAAACAUGGCCUUUGUCAUGCUCAACCGCUUCCUGGACCUCAGCGACGCCAUGGACGAGCCCGACUCCUCCGCGGCGGUCAUUGAGAACGCCGACUUCUCUGACACCGACAUCCCCUACGACUUCACCAUCCCCGAACGACCCUUCUGCAACGAGGCGCAACGCGAGGAGGUCCGCAACCUGGUACUGGAGAUCUCCAUGGACCGCACCACGGAGCAGGUGCUGUCGCUCAAGGCCUGCGAGCACUGCGGCAAGGCCACGUACGAGGCCAACCUGACGUGCCACUUCUGCAAGAAGAAGUACGACCCAUGCGUGGUGACGGGCUACCCCAUCCACUCGUAUGACCGGGUGAUCUUCAAGGCCAACGGGCCCGAGCUGAGCGCCAUUCGGGAGCACUGGAACAAGUGGGUUGAGGCGUUUGGCACGGACCCGGUUACGGGCAUGCAGGCGGCGCCUAUGUACUAGAGCAGCGGGGUUGCGUUGAGGAGUCAGAGGGGGCGGGAAGGCUGGGUGGACGGGGCGCCGUUAGCGGGAGCGCAUGGUGAUUGAUAGCAACGCGUGCGAGAUAUUGCUGGAUAUAUGAUUAGCGAGGCUUCAUGCCGAAAUGGCUGGCUUGGUCUCGCGGCCCCUUAUGGUCGUCUGCGAUGUAUCAUGCGAAGGGCGUUUGGCCUAUACAUAUAUACUGACUGUAUUAGAUGACUGCAUUGCAACAUGCAGGACCCUUGUGCGGUCUUAGUGCAACGUAGAAUGGCAGGCUGCGGGGACUGCCUAUGUAGAUACAGAGGUCAAGGGCGGAUGCCCUACUCCUAGAUGCCAUGCCUUCGCUGAACGGAGGCAUGGCAGAGCGCGUGGCAGAAUGGAAAUCUUGUAACGGCAGGUGAUGGAG